AAUUAAGGCGAAGCUCGAUGGAACAGCCCGGCCCAACCGCCCCCGCACCGCGGGGCUGACCCUACCACUGCGGUGCGGGGGGGUGUGGGGUGUGGAGUGUUCUUCGUCGGCUGUGCCCUUGCCGAGCCCGCUGCUUUAGCCAGUGAGAUGCCGGGAGGGUAAACAGAACAAAGGAGCAUCCCGGUGGUGAUCUGUGAGGGGAAUAGCACCCCGCGGUGCUUCCCUUCCAGCUCCUCGGCGUGGCUYUAGGGUGGUACGGCCCGUGCCCCCUCCGAGGUGCCGAGCCGCGUGGCGCUGGGGCCUCAGACUGGUUGUGUCCCUCCUGCACCUUCAGGAGCCAGCCGUAGGCCUGGCAGCAGCGUGUGAUGCCUCUCUUUGGGAACUCCUUCAGCCCGAAGAAGACGCCCCCCAGGAAAUGGGCCUCAUUGUCCAACCUGCACCUGCUGGAUAGAUCCACCCGUGAGGUUGAGCUGGGCCUGGAAUAUGGCACCCCCUCAAUGAACCUUGCUGGCCAGAGCCUGAAGUUUGAAAAUGGCCAGUGGGUGUCAGAAUCAGGAAGCUUCCUGGGGGAUCGCAGGGAAYUGCAGCGCUUGCGCAAACGAAACCAGCAGCUAGAGGAAGAAAAUAACCUCCUACGGCUAAAAGUGGAUAUUCUGCUGGAUAUGCUCUCUGAAACCACUGCCGAGUCCCACCUGAUGGAGAAGGAGCUGGAGGAGCUGAAGCAGCGCUGCCGGAGGAAGAAGUGAAGAAGAGGUGGCCGGGUUGGUUCUGGGUCUUGGCCCAUGGGAUGCUUGGGCUGGUUUGAGCCUCCCAGCCAUGUUGGUACUGUGUGGAGGUACUUUGUUUCACGGGACCAUGAGUGCCGAGUUGCCUCCAGCGUUGUGUGGUGCCGUGGGUACUGCUAAUGGCUGGUUUGGCACCACAGCGCUGUUAAUUAACACAGUUUUCCUCAGAGCACUUUACCUUGCUACGUUUCCUCACCGCAGCCCAGCAUAGGUACCCUCUUCUCUAAGGCAGCAGGACAACGGGCAGUAGAGAAGAUCUGUCUUUAUGACGGCUCCUCCUUGUCUUCUCUGCUUACAAAAGUGGGGAGACUUCUGCCUGCUCCCUCUGAGGAGCCCGCGCUGGCUUAUACAAGCCUCACCGUCUGCCUUGGGCGAGCAGGAUGUUGGAGUUGCUCGUUCUCGAGGGUUUUGCAUAUUUUACAUUAAAAGCCUCGUAAUUAA